AUGAAUGAAGAUGAAAAGAUUGGUGGAUUGCCUGUUUUCCCACAUGAAUACGAGGAUUUUGCAUUUUGUAUCAACUCAUGUGAACUACUUGAAAUAAAUUAUAAGGGCAGCAUAUUCACUUGGUGGAAUGGGAGGACAGGUAGUGACUGUAUAUUCAAAAGGCUGGAUAGGAUGAUUGCAAACUUAAAAUUACAAGAUUGGUUUGCACACCUGGAAGUGCAACAUCUAUCCAGAACUGGCUCAGACCAUGCUCUUUUACUACUUACUUGUGGUGAAUUUGCACAACAUAUAAGGAAGCCUUUCAGAUUUUUAAAAUUCUGGACAGAACAUGACACAUUCUUCGAAGCUAUUAAACAAGCAUGGAUGACAGAUUUUGAAGGAAAUGAUUUUGUCAGUUUCAAACUGAAAUUGAAAAAUGUGAAAUCUGCUUUAACUCAUUGGAGUAGGGCCACUUUUGGUGAUAUCUUUAAACAAAUAACAGUAAGAGAAGAGGUGGUUAGAAUUAAAGAGUAA